GUGCCUGGUGGUGUUCUCUUUUCCAGACUGAGAACUGUGACUCUGGCUAUGGACGGAGAGGAUGGAACCCCAACCAUUGUCCUUAGAAUCGCUACUCAGGACGGCCAGAAGCUUUCUUUCAGGAUGAAGCGUGACACCAAGCUGAUUAAACUACUAUUGAUGUACUGCGACCGAAAGCAAGUCAGCUAUAGAUCCGUGCGGUUUUUGUAUCAUGGCAAGCGCGUUAAGGGGAGACUCACGCCAGACCUUCUGAAUAUGGAAGAUGGAGAUGAAAUUGACGCCAUGACGGACCAAGAUGGGGGCGCUCCUUUUAGUGCCUGCUAACUGCUAAGCCCUCUGGCUUUAUUCAAUGCGACUUUUUGUGACAUUUUUAUUUUAAAUGUUUCCUAGAAUCGUAUGAGGAUGAAUGAGGGACGUCAAAUGUUGUCGCAUGAAUGCCCAG